AUGAUGCGACCGCGCGACCCCCGCAUCCGACAACGGAUCAAUCAGAUCUCCCAUAACCUUGAGACCGCGAACGAAACCGCGCAAGAGGGGCUUUAUACUUUCUCCCACAACUACAUAUCCCCGUGUUUUGAAUCCAUUGGAAAUUGCGUGACUGCAUGUACAGCACCUUGCCUCCCGAGCCGAGAAGACCACCUAAGGCGGCGACGCCGCGGCCAAACCGAGGCCAACUUCGAUUUCUACGACGACUGGGCCAACGAAGAAGAAGAUGAUGGCUUAAUUGGAUGGGGUACGGGUGAACUCGACCGGCUCCUUGCUGGCAGUGGCCUGGCGCGCGGAGCUGCUGACCAGCCACAUGGGCCCAGGAGGAUGAGCUACGGGACACGCAACCCUAGGCGAAGAAGCACUGCGCACAUUCCGGAUAAUCGCGCAGACCCGACUGUGAUUCCCAGCUCUUCUCUUCUCGGCUUCCUCGAGCGCUUUCCGUGGAGAUUCGGUGCAAGGGGAGUCAAGUAUCGGCCUUCGGCUGCUGAUCUCCAAGAACACCCCGGCGCCCGACGCUAUGCGCACGAAGAUGAGCCGCUAAUGGAAGCUAUGGAUGAUGAUGAGGAGGAGGAUGAAGAUCAAUUCUCCUCUACUCCUGAUAGGAGGAAUCGCAGUGCCACGCAGUCUUCCCGCGGAACGGACAACUCCCUCAGCUCGCGUGGAGACCUAUUCCCUAGUGAUGAGGAAGAUGCAGUGCCUCUUGACGAUGAGUUUGCGCUUGCUUUCGGGCACCGGGGAAUGGGCCUGGAAUCAGAGGAUCAGUCCGGGGCGAAGUCUGAAAAUAUACAGUCUGCAUCUGCGUCCAGCUUCGGUGGCGCGUCUUCAAACAAAGCAAAGCGGAAGAAGAAACGGUCUCCAAAACGAUCGCCUAGUUACAACGGCACCACCAUUGCUCAAAGUCUCGACACGCCAUCAAUGGAAGACUUGAAGACAGAAGAGCAGAGCGCGGAAUUAGAAGAAGAAGCAGAUAUUGCGAGACGACGGCUUGCUGCACACGAGUUGGCGUUGAGUCGAGGCCUUGAUACCGGAGGCGGUGAUAAACCUGCCGCAAUAUCUACUAGUCCGAAUCUCCGAUCACCAGAACAGUUCAAUACCCCGAGAAAGACCUUGAGCGAGUCAUCAAGCCGCCGUAUGUCCGACAACCAGGCCGAGCCCUUCCCGCGCCUAUCUAUGUCACCUUCAUCUUUGGCCAUGGAUUCUCCGGGCUUAUCGAAAACCUCGCCAAGGGCUACGUCUCCCCAUGAGCUUGGUAAAAAUACGACUUCCCUCGAUUGA